AUGGAACGUUGGCAAAAUAAAGUGGCUGUAGUUACAGGAGCUAGUGCCGGGAUUGGAGCAGCAACCGCCGCAGAUUUGGUGAAAAAUGGUUUCAUCGUGGUUGCCCUUGCUCGACGCGAAGAACGUCUUCUGGCGAAUCAACGCGCUCUUCCAGAAAAUCUACAAUCCCAGUACCACCCCAGAAGGUGCGAUGUUACUAAUGAAGAUGAAGUAAAGAAUACUUUCGCCUGGAUCGAAGCUAAGUUCGGCGGAACCGAUGUUCUUGUCAACAAUGCUGGCACUAUAGCUAUGGGAGUGGAACUAUCAGGCAAAGAUAACACUCAGACCAUUCGAAAUAUUGUGGAGACGAAUAUUAUGAGUGUCGUCUACUGUGUUCGGGAAGCGUUCAGUUCGAUGAAAAAGAGAAACUUUGAUGGACACAUUAUUAUUAUAAAUAGCGUGGUUGGCCACAAAGUUCCGAUGGCAACUGCGGGUUCGCUGAAUAUCUAUCCUCCUUCCAAAUUUGCAGUCACGGCAAUGGUUGAGACCUAUCGCCAGGAAUUUGCGAAUGCUGGAACAAAAGUGAAGGUUACGAGUAUCAGCCCUGGUGGUGUCCUAACGGAAAUAGUGCCGAACAUGGAAGAUUUUAGAAAAGCGGGUCAUCCACUUUUGAACGCUGAGGACAUAUGUAAUGCGAUACUAUAUGUAUUAAGUACUCCGCCUCAUGUCCAGGUUCAUGAAUUGACUAUAAAACCGAUUGGAGAAAAAAUAUAAACAACUAUUUUGUAUAAGGGUUCUAAGUAAAUGAUCAUAUGCGCAAUGUUGAAUGUA